AUGGUGGGAGAGUGGAGCUUGUUAGAGGAUGUCUCCGAAUGGAAGCCCCGUCUUGAACCAAAGAAAGUAAUUUUUGGAAAUAUUAAGGUAAAGUCGACGAUGUUGGACCGAAUUAAAGAGGGCCAAAUGAAACAGCCAACGGUACAAAAGUGGGUGGAAAGAGUAAAGAAAGGAGAAUUGCCUGAUUUUAACCUAAAUCCUGAUGAAAUUCUAAAAUUUCGAAAUUGCGUCGUUGUACCCAAGGAUGAAGAACUGAAAAGGGAGAUUUUGGAGGAAUCUCACCGUUCUAGGUACACGAUAUAUCCAGGUAGUGGCAAGAUGAUUGACAAAGUGAUCAAAUGGGCACCACAAGCACCAAUUUUAGCCCAUCCUGCUGUGCAAGGAUUUGUGACACAUUGCAGUUGGAACUUAGUGCUGGAAAGUGUAUCAUUUGAAGUGCCAGUAGCAAUGUGGCCAAUGUAUGCUGAGCAGCAGAUUAAUGCCUUUUUGAUAGUUAAGGAUUUAGGCAUAGCUGCAGAGAUUAAAAUGGAUUACAAUAAUGAUAUUAUGAAUGAAAAUGAUGUUAUUGUGAAAUCUAAUGAAAUAGAGGAUGGAAUUCGACAAUUGAUGCAGCCAGACAGUGAAAUAAGGAGAAAGGUGAAAGACUUGAUGGAGAAGAUUGUAGUUUCCAACAAUCUACAAAGUCAUGGAAAUUUUGACAUCAAGAAUAUACUUAGCAAAGAUCAUUCUCCUUAUUCAAGUUUUUGCUUGAUAUUGGAUCCAAAGAUGUGA